AUGUAUAGCGAAGUUCCUCAGGACAAAAUUGCAAAUACUGCGUGUUUAUUAUCUACAAUGAAUACAAUGCAUACAAAGAAAAGUCAGCCUUCAUGUAAAGAGAAGUUGUGUAACUUUUUUUAUUUUUGGUUAGGUGACAAACUAGAGGGAAAAUUGAAAGGAGGAUAUGCUAAACUUAAGGAAGUUAUACAAAGCAUCUAUAUUAAAUUGAACGAUGGGCCCAACAACGAACUGUGUGCUAACACUUUUUUGGACAGUACUAUGCACAAUACUGUUAACAGUAGCAUCUUGAAACAGAGAAAAAAAGUCUUCGAUUAUUACUACGACUACCGAACCAUAUGGACGAAAAUAAAAGACUCUCAGGCUGCCGGAACUCCGUGUACUACUGCAUAUGACACCUACCUAACUGGAGUUAAGGGAACUGAUGAAGAUCGUGGAGAUCGUGGAGCUGAUGGUGCUUAUGGACAAAUAAAAGCAAGUGGGUCACUUAAUCAAGAUCUGUACUUUAAAAAAUUUUGGGACAAGUUCGAAGGUAAUGGUGUUAGUGGUGGUGGUACUAUCCCAGAACCAUCAAAACUGAAGUCUAAAGCUACGGGAGGGGAUGAUCCCCCUCCACCAUCACCAGACGCAGAGGAGGCAAAUCUCCUUUCCUGUUUGGACCAGUUGUCCUCAACAGUUUCUUCAAAACCUUCAGUAGUUGCUGCAUCAUCACCACAGGUGGAGGAUGGUGGUACCACCACCACCCCGGCUAUUAUCUCUUCCACACUAGGCACACUAAUUGGAUUACCAACACUUGCUUUUAUGUUAUAUAAGUAUAAUCUUUUACCCCCCUGGAUCAGGAACACAUUUAAGGGACGAGGAAGGAACAGAAGAAGGAAAAGAUCCGCCAUCAGACGCAACUUCGAAACCCUCACAACAGACACCUCUUCAUUAUAUACAACCGAUAAUUCUACAUAUAAACCAUUCUUCUUUAAUAAACAUAACCACUCUGAAGGGAACAGAAGAAAAAGAUCCAUCAGCAGUAAAUUGAACAGGUUCUCAGGUGACGACACUUCCAUAGAAUAUUCGUCAGAAUAUUCCACAGCAGGAGAUGAUGGAAAAGUAUAUUCUGUCCCUUAUAUUAGAUAA